GCGCGUUCCUCAGUCAGUCGUGCUCCGCGCGUCCAGCGAGCCGCACGUGAGUGGGGUUGUACGCGUUCUUUUUCUGCAACCGGGUACGAUCGGCGAGAAAUCGCAGGUGAAUACCGUCCGCACAGUGUUACUAAGCAUCUCUGGUUCAAUUAAAUAUCGCAAACACCUCGCUCAUCGAUGAGACGACGAUCCUGCUCCGAAAGAUCGCUGGAUUAAAGAGAGAUAGAGAGGCGACAAGUGAGAAACGAUCGGGGAGAGAUCCAAGAAUGGCAUAAGACGGAGCAAACAAUCGACAUCGGCAGCAUGUGCUAUGUGAUAGUCACCGGGCGCAGUCUGCUAUGGACGCUCUUGUCUCUGGCAGCGUUGAUGGCGGUUUUAUCGGGCCUCAUCACUCCCAGAUGGCUCGUGGGACCGCCGACGAUUAAGGAGACAAAAAACGGCACGGAACUGUACACGCCAACUGUUGGGAUCUUCAAUCGUUGCACGCGGCUGUUCGGUAGGACGCACUGUGCGAAUUUCAAUGUCGACGGCUUCGCGACUGACUCCAACGUCUUCCCGGGAUGCUGGAAGGCCUCGCUGUUCUUCUUGUCGGCGGGCCUGGCGGCGAUGUCGGUGACCGUGAUGGCUGCUCUGCUGGGAUGCUGCGUGCAGAGCAUCGGCCGCAAGAGCAUCUUCAAUCUGGCAGGAGUGGCGCAAGCCGUCGCUGGACUACUGUAUCUCUUUGGGAUAAUCCUGUACCCUGCUGGUUGGGGUGCGGAAAGGGUACAAAGAAUUUGCGGGCCGGAAGCCGACGCUUUCUAUCUGGCUAAUUGUAGUCUUGGUUGGGCCUUUUAUAGCGCGGCGAUCGGCGUCGCUCUCACCUUCGUUUGCGCCGCUCUGAGCGGCCAGGCGGAGAAGUCGACGGCCAGCGACAAGGUCCAGGACAAAAUGAACGAAGGAAAGACCCUGAUAUGCUUAGCCUGAGCACGCAAAUAAAAUCAGCGAGGGGUCCGGCCUCGCCAGUGGCUGUCUCGACGCGGAGAGUCGAAGAGGAUUGCUGGAGGAAGACCGAAUGGAACUAGAAAGGAACGUUUACCUCGUAGUGUUCACUCCGCAAAGGAACGAAGACAAAAGCGCUCGAUAUUAUCGCGGAUAUUAUCGUACGAUUAUUGUACGUUUCAAAUAAUUAAUCGCGGGACCAAAAAGGGGGGGAGUGGAUAUUUAUACGAAAUGCUACGUACGACGCGAAUAUUACGCAGAUAAAGUAUUAGCUGUACUUACCGUCUUCCCACACACUUCCUGCCGCAAUUUACGUGGACGUCGCCCGCGGCGUUCGCGGAAUUCCUAUUUUAUAUUUUACGUGUAUUUCUUCAUAUCUCGUCCGUGGAACGUAGAGUAAGUCACCGUCGUGGAUACUCGAAGCGAAUAGGAUUCAUGUACAUACCAUUGUAUAAUGGUAAAAUAAAUCACUCACCGUGAUUUCUCUCUA